CGUAUAGUAAGCCCGGUUGGUAUAUUGUUGUAUGAAAAGGAGUCGAUUACCUAUUUACCCUAGUCCCGAAAUCCAACUCGAUCUUAGUCUUCCCGCCCAGCACGUAUUCCUAAAGUGGUCGAUGUAGGUUAUGGGAUUGCGCUUGUAGGACAAUUUCCGUAUCGCCUUUUGGUUAACCGGCUUUGUUUGGGUGCAUCCAACAUGCUGAAGUUUUAGACUUUGCAAACCUCGAUAACCACCCGCUCCUCUUUGAAUGAGGAGCUUCACUCUUUAGAAAAGACAGACUCCCACUCCUAAACAGAGAAGAGCAAGGUGCGUAGCGGAAAUCCAGUCUUUUCCUUCUUUCCCAUCGGGAUGUCUGUGCAAGCCUGUCUCUUUUUAGAUAGUCAUUCCUUUCUUUCCUUUGUUAGAGAAUCACCCCUCUCUGGUCUGGUAGGAAUUCCCUCUCUUCUGUAGUCAUGCCAGGGAGUGAGGAAAGCCGCUUGAAAGCCAGUACGGUACCACUCUCUCCGCUAUAAGAAUGGGGUAAGCCGAUCCCAUUCAUUGCUUUCAAUCGGGGUGAAAGAAAGGCUAGUUAAAGGUCUUUUCGAUAAAUGACGUCGUAUCUCCGGUCGAGUGGAACCAAGGCUCCUGGCCGAUUUAAAUUGAAUAAUAAAAAAGAUCCUCUAAAUAAGAUAAGGUGAGACCUCAUGCUUGUAGCUUCUCUUCUUGCUACUCGCUACUAAUAAAGAAAUGGCGUGAUAUAAGAUCAAAUUAUCCCUGUAUCCCCCCCUAAAUCAAGAUGAGAUGGGCGGGUUCAGUCUGAUUUUCAAAUGCCGUUGACUUCGACCUUUAGCGAUUCGCCCCUGAACCUAGAAAAAAAAACCUAUGAUGCCUUCCUCCCUUCGGCUUUCAGAGUUUUGAACUAAGCGGACUUUGCAUUGGCAGCUGAGCUUCUUCCGAUCCUCACUCAGGCAAUCAAGGAAAGGGUCGUGAGGAUCCCAACUCUGAGAGGAAGCCAACAUUGACUGACUUUCAUGGUUCAGAUUCGACAAAAAAGAAGAAGAACCAACAAGAUAAGAUCGAGCGGUCUCUGCUCCUCUCUAACUAAGAGGAGAAGCGGAACUGUCUAUGGACUGCCUUGCUUGAUCAUCCUAUCAGUCAUGGUAACGAAUUGAGUAUCUCUUCUUCGGUAGCUGGUUUGACUGUUUGUGAUAGAACAAAACAAUAGCAAGAUAUAUCGUAGUAAAGUAGAGCUAUAGACUGCAUGAUUGGCUUGUAGGAGAAAGAAAAUAAGGAUUCGGGACAAGACGGAGAUGCAAGCUUGUCUGCUAUUGGAUGUUCUAGUUUAGCUCGCGGAUUGGUCUUCAUUGCGCACCAUCCGGCUGGUAAGAAGUUGAGAUUGUUCCGCUAGUGUUGCUUGGUCAACAAUUUGGAGAGUUUGCUUUUCUUUCAUCUUUCUAAGAGCAGUCUGUUUGAUCAAAUCAGGGAUCAGACCGCUCCUGGUGUUCGAACUAGUCAUUAAUGGUCGGCUUCAUUGGUAUCCUUUCGGUAUGCGUUGCGAACACUUUCAUUUUGAGCGUCUCAUCUUCUCUAGAGAAGCGAAACUCGAACGGAUAGAGCAGAUGGUCCAACUACAUAACUUUUUAUUUUUCAUUACUUCUAUGGUCGUGCCUCGUGGCACGGCAGCACCCUUACUAUUGAAAUGGUUCGUCAGUAGAGAUGUUCCCACUGGUGCCCCUUUUUCCAAUGGGACUAUAAUUCCUAUUCUUAUCCCUUCAUUCCCUCUUUUGGUCUAUCUACAUUCCAGGAAAUUCAUACGCUCCAUGGACGGAGCAAAAAGUGGAGUCUUGGUCAGAGCAAGCCGCCCUAUUCUAUUACCAGACAUAAUUGGGAGAAGCUCAUCCGAAACUAGAGCUGGAAACGCCUCAUUUCGUUUCGUUCCCGUUCUUCAUUUCCUUCUUAUCGAAUCCAAGGGGGACUUCUCAUAUUUAGAAUCUUUCUGCGGUGUGCUCUGUUUACUAUUCUUUCGUACUCUCUUCUCUUUACCACGCGAUAGGUCAGCAAAGCGUGAGCGGGCGCGGAGAAGGAAACGCCAAACACUUCGGCCUAAGCCUAACGGGAAUGAGCAACAACGAAAUGACAAGAUGGGGUGCUCCGGGCACCCCCAUUUAGAAAGAAGGGUCGAAGGUUUUUGGCCUGUAGCUUUCCCCGUCCCCCCUUCGUCGGGUGGUGCUUGUGUGGGGGGUGUGCCACCUGAACCUGAAAUCGGGCUUGAAGCUCUCGCCUUACCAACGAGCCGACAGCUGAUGGCUGUUGGUCACGACUACCACCAAAAAGCUCCAAUGAAGAUGAAUAUUUCACAUUUUGGAGUGUGCAUCUGUAUGUUGGGUGUUCUUCUGUCGUGCGACCCGGCGGCUUAUGUGCGACCUGUGGCCCACGCCUCCUAUUUGUUCAGGGCGGGCGGCGUGAACUCUGACUCGAUCCGGGUAUUCAAUCCCGCCGCUGAGAUGCUCAUUUCACUCGGAGAUAGAGACCAGUUACCGAGCCAGUCAGAUGCUUGCCUGGCCUUGUCUAACUCCCCAGUUUCACAAGCAAGCCAGGCAGAUCACCUUGUUCAAGGAUUUCAGAGCGAGUCAUCCUCUGUGAAUCUGCAAGACAGGGAGAGAAAGACAUGCCGGACUCACAAGAGAAAGACAGCCAAUGCAGUCAGUCAGAGAGAGAUGGGAAUUCUGCUAACUGAAUUCGGAAGACUUGCUAGUCUAAGAGAGAUUGGACUCAUGCUUCCGGGAAUCUCACAUGCUGAGAGUCCUGUGAGGAAGGUCUUCCAAGAGAAUGGACCGAUUCGAGAUGUGACAGCGGGUCAGUCAAGAAAGCUGCCAGUUCUAUUCUACGAGCUGCUUCCAAAGUUCGAUCCUUGUCCGAUACGGCAGCUGCUGGGUCUCCCCACCUCUCCUAAACUUCCCCCGGUCUUCGGCCCGAGCUGUAUGAGGCAGAAACUCGCCCCACGUACGGUUCGGAGUCCGAGCCCCACCCUAAUGGUGCGGCUUAGGUCAACUAACACAAAGAAGAUACAGUUCACUCAACGAUUGCCUUUGGGUUCCGAACUCCAUAUGGGGAAGGAGCGUUGUUGUUUCCGAGGUCUCGAUCAUUUACAUGGACCCACUUCUCAUUCCAUUUGUGGGAAUUUGAUGAUCUAUAAACCGUCCCUAACGAAUGAUCGCCUCAUGUUUGAGCAUGAUGAAUCACUUCGUGCCGACCUGUUGCCACUAAACUUUCCGGCCUCAUAUGAGAAUGGAAAACUGGAGAAUUUUCUGCAUCGGUGGAUGAAAAAUCGCGAACAUAAUAAUUUUGGGUUGAUCAUGUUCCCAGAAAAAAGAUACUUUAGAGAAACAACGAGCACGACUGAAGUGGCUAUACAUACAAAUCCAUUUACGGAUAGAUAUGCUUCGAUUGGAACUGGAAGUUCCAGAACAGGCGGCUGGUAUACCACCAUAAUGAAACUGCCUUUUCUUUUUUUUAUUCGGAUAGGAUUUAUGUUGGCUUCGUCGGGAGGCUCGCGUAGUUUGUUACGUCAGCUCCAAAAGGAUGAGUUGCGUUGGAAUCGAGAAAGUUCCGUGGAAUUCAAAAUUGCAUUAAUAAAGGAGUCUUCAACCCUCUCAAUCAAUAGAGGCUAGAUCGGACUAAGGAGAGAGACGGUUGAGUACGGAAGCGAAAGCGGAGAUAUAGGCUAAAAUGCCCAGUGAGAAUACUGACAUGGGUAAGGAGAAAUCCGAAUGACUAGUGGCCAUAACUCAUUAAGCAAUCUUAACCUUUUUCGCUUAGCCUUUCCUCUUUGACCUGUGCCAAACUCUACUCUUGCUGUUGCUGGGUGGAAGAAUUCAUUCAACCUCAGUCGGCUCUUCUUUCACAACCAAUUCUCUUCCUAUUUGUUUGGGCAAAGCCUAAACCGUACUCCUAGUCGGGCACUCACUCUCUUAAGAGAGGGGUAAUACUAUAAGGAAAACAAUAAAGAGAUAUUCAUUAAAGCAAUAAAAGUAAAAGCGGGUGAAUAAAAGACAAAAAGGCCAAGCUGCAAUAGCAAUCCAGGAAGAGCGCACCUUAUUAUCCUUUCAUAGAAGAAAAACUAUAAAGAAAGGGCAUAGCUUCUAAUAGAAGAUAGCCAUAGCCCAUGUAUUUCAGUUGCCAGAUCACACUAAUGAAGUACACACCCAUGCGGAACUAGUCAGACUUGGAAGCCUUACGACUGUAUGAAGUGAGGAAUUUAUGAUUGCCCAGUGAGAGUCAUAUUCAAGAGCAUAAAGCGACUCCCUUUCCCGGCGGAUUAGCUAUUCCUGUCCUGUCUUUGAGCCGACCUUGCCUGCUGGAGGUAUGAUUCCGAUCUUUGAAUCGAAUUUGAUCUUUCGUCUUCAAGUGAGGGCGACGGGUGGGGAUACUUUUGAUCUUCCUCCAGAGCCACUGUUUCUGUCAUCGGGCUUCAAGCGGGUGUUGAGGCUUAUGGUGAGCACAUGUACGACAGAAGAGGGAGCAGGAGGAGAAGCGCUACGGAGAACAAUAAGUUCUUAAGUUUAAGGAUUCAUUUCUACCAGGUGAUGUCGAAGCGGACUUCUGAAAUAAGUUUAAGAAUCUGAGACAAGGUUGUUUUUAUUUUUCAAUCUCUAUGAGAGAGUACAUGGAGGAGUUUAACCUAUUGUCUCUACGAUAUAGAGUGAAGGAGGGAGACAAGAGGCAAUAUUCGAGCUGACUUUUUCUGAGCACGAAUUGCAUUUGCGUUUGCUGGACAGCGUAGAAGCAGCAUACCGUAUUGCUUUGAGGGUCGAAGGACCUACUGGUUGGUUCAGCCAAGAACCAGAAACCGAAUGAAGGAAGCGAAGGUCAGAGUCAAAAUAUGCCGUGGAGAAGAGCUUACUUACUUAUGAGCAAAAGGGGAGUAGCGGAGAGAGACGUUCCCGAAAGGCACCUAUCCGUGGGAGACAGAAGAUUAAAGGGGAGCCGACUAUAAGACAGAUAAAGGAGCAGGCUGGAGCGGGGCUUUAGGAAGAAGGGGGCCGGAGAUGGACUUGGAUGAUGGAAAAAGCGGUCUUCCUAGCUUGCUCCAAUGCUUGGCUUAGUGAAUCAGUAAAUGGCAAAUUGCUAGCGAUCUCAGAAGCACAAGGAAGCAGAGGAAAGAAGGCCCGCCAGAAAGAGGGGGUUGGAGACCCCGGGUAUGAAAGAUACUCUUGAAAGCUAUCGAAGUGGACAAUAGAGUGCUUCUUCUUAUGAAAAAGCCCUCGAUGCUGUGUGAAAGAGCCAAAAUGAUUUAGCGUUUUAGCGUGGAGAGAGGACUUACGUUAGGGUGAACAAACGAUUUCAGAUGCUGCGACCAUGGCCUGAUUUUACGGAGUUCCGUAUAUGGAUUCUGAAAAGUGAAUUGAAUCCAUUUGCUGAUAGAUAAAGGAUAGGAACCUACCUAUCAGAAGAGGUUUUCACUAGAAUACGAACAAGAUAAGAGGAUGCCCCAUUAGAGGUAGAGGUUUUGGAAAAUGGGGUUUGAACCUACCCUAGUAGGGGUGUGAGGGCUUGAUUGAGAGUUUUUUGCUAGGAUACUUGAUUUCCUUCAAAGCGAUACUAAAACUACGGGUUCAGUACUCGAUGAUGGUAUUCUUCGUUUUUCAGUUCAGUAUUUGACUAAGUCCUCGGUACAACUCUUCCUUUCCACUCCUGACAUCCGCUCUGAAACAAGCUUGGUGUAUGGCGCACCGCAAUCAACGGAUGUGAGUGAAUGCAUUGGCCGGUUCUCAUGCCUAAUGUAUAAGCCGGAGGUCCCUCCUGACAACUGUCUUUUUUUCCGUUCACUCCUCACUCUACUAACGCGGGGUAAGUUAUUAUUUAUAUCCGACUGCCGGUGUCGGUACCUACGACUGUGGAAUGCUUUUUUUAUGUUAUUCAAAGAGGAACUCAAAGUCUAGUUUUACUUCAGCCAUGGUGGACAGCUUUCUUCCUUUUCGAGGUGUAUUCAGUGAGCAUCAUCGGAUGGGGCAGAAGAUGCCGCAGUGGAUUCACGCCUUCUCUCUGUUCCUAGAGUGUGAUCCUUAUUGUAUGCGACAGUUCGAGAGAUCGGUGGAGCUACUUCUUUACUUACCUGAUAGGAAGGACAAGAUGGAGUUUUGCCUUCACUUUCCGAGCUACCAGAUACUAGUGCCUAGCGGAAAAAUGGGAGUUGGAUUGAGGAAUGUAUUACAACUCCUAAGUUCUCUAUCUCUUUGAAUGGGAACUCAAUGGCUACUUUGCUGGAGAAAGGGGAUUAAGGCAAAGGGACCCUCUCGGACCUUACCUCUUAGUUCUUGAAAAGGUAUGGAACCGAACGAAAAGAAGCUGGAUAUACUGGAUAAUGGAAUAAGGUAUGCUACUAUAUCUACUGGUCCUAGGUAUGCUUAUGGAGCUGCUUCAAGCUCUCGACCUGGUUAAGAUGCUGCCCUUGAUUCUGUCACUAUAAAAUCUACACCAGGACCUGUGGAACCAAGCUAAGGUCACUAGUGAAUCUACGUAUGGAGCUGGGCGAAGGGGUGCUGGUAUGGCUCUAGAUCACGAAGGAAUCCGCCUAUCGAUCCGGCUAAGAUGAUGCCUAUGAUGCUGCUGGUACUUGUGAUGCAUCACCCAUCCCGACGUAUGGGUAUGGUUUUGCUACUGUAGACUAUGGCUCCGAUCUACUGGUGCCCACGCCUCCGC